AUGAAAGUUCAUUGUCAAUUUCCAAGUACAAAAGAGAUUAUCCAAUUUGAAGGUUUGGAUCCAAAAGAAACCACCAUUAAUGAUUUAAAAAAUAUAAUUUAUUAUAAAACUGGUACACCUGUUUCAAAUCAAGUAAUUGAAUUUGAUACAAAAAGAUUAUCAAAUAGAUAUGAUAAUAAAAAAUUAUCAAAAUUACAUUUAGCAGAAAACUCAAGUGUAAUUAUUAUUCUUAAAAUAUAUAUAUAUUUAAGAAUGGUUUAUUCAUUAGAAGGAGGUGGUGGUGUAGCAAGUGGUUGCUCAUGCCAAAUUCUAUAA